AUGGAAGGGUCCAAACCUCCGUGGCAGGAUCUCAAGCCAUCAUCCUUGACACCCAUCUCUAUCGAUGGUUCACAUGCCGCUAUCCCCCUUGGCAUGUCAGAAGAGCCGCUUGUCCGCUUUUUCAAUAGCCUGUACAACCAGCCAAGCUGUGGCUAUAAAAUUUCCGAGGUCAAUGAUAUCACUGCACUAAAAGUCAAGACGGGGAUUUCGGUCUCGGUAUUCAAGAAGCCGAGUGAGCGAAUGAGUAGAAACGGAACCUUUGUGAUUGUAUGCUUUUACAGAAAUUCCAAAAUCCUAAGAAAAUCUUAA